AAAACAGUCAAAACCUGUCCCACAGCUCAUAGCUCAGGUUAAUGCAUGAGCGAAUGCGACAGUGAUUCCUGAGAGUAUCUUCCAGGCAGAAGCCCGAGGCAUGGACCUUUCAGUAGCCGCUGGUUACCUAGGGGUGGUGGAGACGGUCCUGAUGGAUGCUGAGCCGACAUCUCUGGAUGCAGCUGCUCUUCUGGGCAUCUUGCAACUGCUGAAGGAGGUCUCAGACAUGGAUGCCAACGAGCCGGAGGAACUGGCAACGCUGGAGCAGCUGGGGCAGCACUACGUGGCAAUUGCCGGGGCAAUCCUGGAGGAGCAGAAUGCUGAGGAGUGGUCCAAAAUAAAGCCGAUCCUUGAUGGACCCAUGACAGUUGUGGAAAACAUGGACAAGAUGGUUUCCAGCCUCCAUCAGCUCCUGAGUACAGAGAGGCCAAAAGUCACCAUCUGGUGUAAGAAUGUUGGUGAGUAG